CUUGAGCCGUGUGUCCCUGCCGAUUAUUGCAUCACAACACAGCUUUCGGCAGCUCCUUUAUUUCUUUUGGAUUGUCAGCAAUUUUUUGGUUGGUCAGGUACUAUUUUUAAUUCGUCGUGCACUUAUUUUUUUACGGGUCUCAUGUCUUCCGAGUCUUUUACCGUGAAAUUUACGGGUAAAAAUUAUUCUACAUGGGAAUUUCAAUUUUGUUUAUUUGUUAUGGGAAAGGAGUUAUGGGAUCAUAUUGAUGGGAGUAAUCCGGCUCCUACUGAGCUUCCUAAAUUAGCUCAGUGGCAGAUCAAAGAUGCUAGGGUGAUGACAUGGAUUUUAGCAUCGGUUGAUCCUCUGAUUGUUCUUAAUUUGAGACCUUAUAAAACUGCUAAAUCUAUGUGGGACUAUUUGAAAAAGGUGUAUAAUCAGGACCAUACUGCUCGACGGUCUCAGUUAGAGUAUGAAAUUGCUAGUUACACUCAGGGCAAUCUCUCCAUUCAAGAUUAUUUUUCUGGAUUUAAUAAUCUUUGGGGAGAAUUUACUGACAUAAUUUAUGCCAAGGUACCAGAAGAGUCUCUCUCUGUUGUGCAGGAAGUUCAUGCGCAAAGCAAGCGCGAUCAAUUUUUAAUGAAGUUACGUCCUGAAUUCGAGGUCACUCGCUCUAAUUUGAUGAAUUGUGCUCCUGUGCCGUCUUUGGAUAUUUGUUUUGGGGAAUUACUUCGUGAGGAGUAGCGUCUUGCCACCCAGGCUACUUAUCAGCAUGACACAAUGAUACCCACUACUGUUGCUUAUGCUGCUCAUGGAAAAGGCAAGGGACGAGACAUGCGGACAGUUCAAUGUUUCAGUUGCAAAGAAUACGGACAUAUUGCUAAUAAUUGUGCACGGAAAUCUUGCAACUAUUAUAAGAAGCCUGGGCAUAUUAUCAAAAAUUGUCCUACACGUCCCCAAAAUCGCCAGACUCAUGCUUAUCAGGCUAUGGUGGGUUCCCCUUCUGCUACUCCCGUUCAUGACUCAUCUACUCUUACUACUGAGAAGGUUCAGCAGAUGAUUCUUUUAGCUUUUUCAGCCUUAGGGCUGCAAGGUAACGGUUCCCUUUCUCCCUCAUGGCUUGUUGAUUCGGGUGCAUCUAAUCACAUGACUAGUUCUUCUGAUACACUUAGCAAUAUUCGGCCUUAUACUGGAUCGACACACAUUCAGAUUGCUAACGGUAGUCAGUUACCUAUUCAUGCUAUUGGGGAUAUGGAUUCCACUGUGAGAGAUGUUUUUGUCUCUCCUCAGCUUUCUACUAGUCUUAUUUCAGUGGGUCAACUAGUUGAUAACAACUGUGAUGUUCGUUUUUCUCGUGAUGGUUGUCUUGUACAGGAUCAGGUGUCGGGCAAGAUACUAGCGAGGGAGCCUAAAGUUGGACGUUUAUUUCCUUUACAUUUUUCCAUUCCUGAUGUCAUUUCAUUUGCUUGUAACACUGUGAACAAUAAGUGUGAAGUAUGGCACAAACGGUUAGGUCAUCCUAAUUCCGUUAUUUUAUCUCAUGUCAUAAACUCUGGUUUGUUGGGCAAUAAAGAUCAAUUUUCUUCUCU